AUAGCACACGGGACGCGAGUGGAUGAGGGUGCAAUCAUUCACAUUGGAGGCAGAAUUUAAUAAAGAAUUUAGCGGAGUCAUUUCCAGGUUCUCCAUUUUCCUGCCAUCUCCAUAGUUUGACCCUUCUUCGUCUUCCUCGCACAGAUCGUCCGUAAACAGUACCACCCCCGAACUCUAGCCCGACGGUGACAUGGCACCUACUGCUACUAUGUUAGGAUUAUUAUAAUGAAUGCGACAAGCAUCAGUUGGAUGUCCAAGAUUCUGAAUUUUAUUUAAGCUUGGUUUCGGCAAGUGCAGCCACUCAGAGUUCUAUGAUCCCUCUUCCGGUUUUGGCAGCAAUAUGAUCUCCGGGGACGCCCUUCUCGAAAACUUUGGUGGCUACCUUGACGGAGAGAAUCCACCUCCCUCCUCGUUACCAAAUCGUACCUCAGUCAACGGGCUUAUUUUUGGUGAUAAAUUCGUUCACUCGUCUUCCGUUUUUCCGACGAACGCAGAAUCUCCCAUUCAUUCCGGCACCAGUUCCAAUGAAGAAUUUGCGGAACCUAACAAAUAUUCCAAUGAUAUUCUGAGAUACAUAAGCGACAUCCUGAUGGAUGAAGAAGACGAGCUGGAGAGUAAGCCCUGCAUGUUGCAGCAUUGUGCAGCACUCCAAGCUGCUGAAAAAUCAUUCUACGAUGUCCUUAGUGCUACUUCCGCAUCGCCUCAUCACAGCCCAGCGGCAAGUAGUUUAGGGAACAGCGGCGGCUACACCAGUACCGAUCAUACGAAUGAGGCCGAUUGGUCUUGUUAUUUAUGUCCUGAUGAGGUGGCCCCUGAUUCUUUAACAGGGACGACUCAACACGCAGAAGGAGGGUUGCACAUUUCAGCACCCAGCGGAUGGAGGGAAAAGAGGAGCCAUGAGAUAGAUGAUAUUACAAACGAGGAAGAGGGAAGAGGAAGUAAGAUUCCGGCGGCGCACUCGGAGGAUUCGGAGCAAUCAGCGGUGUUUGAUGAGCUACUCCUUUACCUGCGUGAAACAGGGGAGGGCAUGGCUCAAAAGGGGAGUAUGGACUCGGAAGGAUCUCCCAAGGCAAAUCGUUCCAAGAAAGGGGCAAAUAAAGGGGUUGCAGUAGAUUUAUGGACUCUACUGACUCAAUGUGCACAGGCAGUGGGAAACUACGACCAAAGGAAUGCAAAUGAGCUUCUGAAGCAGAUAAGGCAGCACUCUUCUCCUUUUGGGGAUGGGAUUGAGCGUUUGUCUCAUUACUUUGCCAACGGACUGGAGGCGCGUUUGGCUGCCUGGAAGCCAUCGUAUGUGCCACUCCAUUCCGAUGUGGCUACUGCUGCUGAUAUGUUAAGAGCUUGCAAGCUAUACAUCACAGCAUCCCCUUUCCAGAGAGUCACCAAUUUCAUGACCAACGGAAUGAUCCUGAAGCAAGUGGAGGACGGACGAAGCCUUCAUAUCAUUGAUUUUGGGAUUAAUUACGGUUUCCAGUGGCCUUGCCUUUUGCAUCGUCUUUCAACCAGAUCAGGAGGACCCGUCAAGAUUCGGAUAACAGGAAUCGAUUUUCCUCAACCGGGAUUUCGCCCCGCUGAGAGGCUUGAGGAGACAGGCAGGCGUUUGGCUAAAUAUAGCAGAAGGUUCAAUGUGCCAUUUGAGUACAAAUGCGUUGCGCAGAAAUGGGAAGACAUACAACUCAAGGAUCUCAAGAUAGACCCAACUGAAGUAACGGUUGUGAACUGCAUGUACAGAAUGAAGAACCUGCCCGAUGAGACUGUGGGAGUGGACUGUCCGAGAGAUGCUGUUUUGAAGAUCGUCAGAAAGAUUAAACCAAGCAUCUUCAUGCAUGGAAUUGCCAAUGGCACUUAUAAUGCGCCAUUUUUCCUAACUCGGUUCAAGGAGGCACUGUUUCACUUCUCGACAUUGUACGAUAUUCUUGAGGCCAACGUGGGACGUGAAGAUCCGCAGAGGAUGAUGGUUGAGAGGGUGUUGGGGAGGGAUGCGAUGAAUGUGAUAGCAUGUGAGGAGGCAGAGAGGGUUGAAAGGCCAGAGACAUACAAGCAGUGGCAGGUUAGGAACCGGAGAGCUGGAUUCAAGCAGAUCUGCUUGGAUGCUGAACAGCUCAAGAAAGCAGCAGAAUUUGUGAAGACGGAAUACCAUAAAGAUUUUGUGGUGGAGGAAAACGGCAAAUGGGCUUUGCUGGGAUGGAAAGGCCGUAUUAUUCAUGCUCUUUCCUGUUGGAUACCUGCUUAAUUAACCGAUCACACCAGUGAUUAACCAAUAGUAAUUAGUAAUCGACUCGUAGGGAUGCAGUGAGAUCUCGUGAGUCGUAACUCGCUCUCGCUGCUUCCAUAUUGGGAAUCUCAGGGAUGAGAGAGAAGUUGGGAAUCGCCCCAAAAGAUCGUUUCUUUUCAUUAAACAAGAAUAGCUAGGGGUUUUCAUGGCUUCAUGAUGAUUCAUUUCCUGUGGGUUCCUUUCUUAUCAAUAUGUAAAGCAUCUCUGGUUCUUCCAGAACCGGAUUUUAAUAUAAAUAAAAUGCCAACUGCCUCGAUCA